GAUUAAAAAAAAAAACCCUCGAAAAGCGAAACCUCCUCUAAAUAGCACAGUUGAGGAAAUAAAGAAUUCGCGGGGAAAUGGAAGAAUCAUCGUCAGCUGCCGCGGGAGAUCAGAGAGAUGAAUCAACGGGACAGGAAGUUACGAUCAGGGGGCGAGACAUGGAUCAAGAGUCCACGUCUCCGGAGACUGAAGUAGAAGCCCGUGGACUUGACGGUAGUGAAUCAAAGCCGCUGUUGAACAAAAGCGACAUCUUGAAAGCAGUAGAGGUAGUUGAGAGAGACUCUCUGGCUAUCGCCGACAGCUUCUCUUCUCUCUUUGCUUCGCUUCGUUUGGCUCUCUCUGAGGUUACUAGCGGCUCGGUUGAUCAUAUGCGAUGCUUUGGUGAUGCAGCUGGGCGCCUUCAAGAAUCUGCCCUUGAUGCAGCAACGAAGGGAAAUCGUUAUAUAAAUUCAUGUCUCAGAUUAAAUGAGGAAAUGAAGGGCAUUGACGGUCUAGCUUCGCAGCUGUAUCCUUUUCAGUUGUCUUGGUGUGUUCUUGCUUUGCAUGUUAAGGCUUGUCGCCUACUCAUUUCAGCUGUUUACACAAUGGACCUAUGGACACAUCCCAUCUCUCUCUCUCCCAUUAAUGUGGAGGCAGCAGAUGCCUUAGUCCACUAUUGAAGUGCAUAGAAGCCCUUGCAUUUGAAAAAUUCUGAGGAGGAAUGUAGAUGCCCUAGACACGGCUGUGAACAAGCUCUUACGACCGUCAUGAUUCAUGAGGAUGAGCUGCUCAAAGAGGUCUUUGGUUUUUGUCUUAUGUGUUUGUGUAGGACCAAUUUUUACCUUGGACUAUUGGAAUGCCUAAUAUUAAUCAAAGCCUGUUUUAAACUUAAAAAACCGAGUGUACCGGUAAAUUAGAUUGUCAAAAGUAAGCACAAACUAAUCCAUAAAACCUACAUGAUUCUUUAAAUUUCUCUACC